AUGAAGGCAGGAAACCACACCAAUGUUCCAGAAUUUCUCCUCCUUGGUCUCUCUGAGCAGCAGGAACAUCAGCCUUUCCUCUUUGGCACCUUUCUGGUCAUUUACCUGGUCACCUUAGUGGGGAAUAUGCUCAUCGUCCUGGCAAUUGGCUCUGACCCACACCUCCAUACUCCCAUGUAUUUCUUCCUGGCCAACUUCUCCCUCACUGACCUGUGUUUAUCAUCUACCACAGUUCCCAGGAUGCUGAUGAACAUUCAGGUUCACAGGCACGCCAUCCCCUAUGUUGAAUGCCUUUCCCAGGUCUAUUUCUUCCUAUGGUUCAUUGGCCAAGAUGUUUUCCUCCUGGCAGUGAUGGCUUAUGACCGACUUGUGGCCAUAUGCUAUCCCCUUCACUAUACCUCGAUCAUGAGUCCCAGAUGCUGCAUCCUGAUGGUGGUCAUAUCUCUGGUCCUUGCCCAUUCAUACUCUCUAACCCACACCAUUCUCCUUGCUCAGUUAUCCUUCUGCAUGGACAAUGUAAUUCCUCACUUCUUUUGUGAGCUACUUCCUCUAUUGAAGCUCUCUUGUUCCAAUACUUAUGCCAACCAAUGUGUGCUGAUGUACUGGGGAGGGGCAUUGACUCUUUUGAUUCCCUUGUUAAUUAUUGUUUCCUAUGUUCGCAUUGUGGCCACCAUUGUAAAAGUCCCAUCAGCAAGCAGGAAGUGGAAGGCCUUCUCCACCUGUGGAUCCCACCUCUCAGCAGUUUGCCUGUUCUAUGUGUCUGCUAUUGGAGUAUACUUCAUUCCGUCUGCAGCUGAUUCAGCCAGCAAGGACAAGAUUGCAGCAGUAAUGUAUGCUGUGGUGACACCAAUGCUGAAUCCAUUCAUCUAUAGCCUGAGAAACAAGGACAUGAAGAGUGCCUUCAGAAGAUUCCUGAGCAAGAGGGCACUGCAAUCUCCACAAGGCUAA